CUAGCUGUUCAUGUUCGGCAGGGACGAGGUGUUUGGAAGAGAAUUCUGCUGUGGAAAAAUGUUCACCAUAAUCUGUACAGUAAAUACAAAUAUUGCGUCUAUGUCCUAGAGUCGAUAUUUGGGGCGAAUGGGAAAAACAUCUUCUCUAUUGUUGUUAAACAGAACACCAGUCUGAUCAACACAAAGAAGAAGCUGGAAACUGACAUUUCCCAGCUCCAGAGUGAAAUGGAGGAGACAAUCCAGGAGGCACGCAAUGCAGAUGAGAAGGCCAAGAAAGCAAUCACUGAUGCAGCCAUGAUGGCGGAGGAGCUGAAGAAGGAGCAGGACACCAGCGCCCACCUGGAGAGGAUGAAGAAGAACCUGGACCAGACGGUGAAGGACCUGCAGCUCCGGCUGGAUGAGGCAGAGCAGCUGGCACUGAAGGGUGGCAAGAAGCAAAUCCAGAAACUGGAGGCCAGAGUGCGUGAGCUGGAAGGUGAGGUUGACAAUGAGCAGAAACGCAGCGCUGAUGCUAUUAAGGGGGUUCGCAAGUAUGAGAGAAGAGUAAAGGAACUGACCUACCAGUCUGAGGAAGACCGGAAGAAUAUUCUCAGGCUGCAGGAUCUGGUCGAUAAACUACAACUGAAAGUGAAAGCUUACAAGAGACAAGCUGAGGAGUCUGAGGAACUGUCCAACGUCAACCUCACCAAGUUCCGCAAGAUCCAGCAUGAGCUGGAAGAGGCUGAGGAGCGAGCUGACAUUGCGGAGUCCCAGGUCAACAAACUCCGGGUGAAGAGCCGCGAGAUUCACAGGAAGAUUGAAGGAGAAGAGUGAGGAUUUCACCGUGCUGCAAAGUGACUGAAGAGAUGCACAAAAUGUGAAACGCUCUGUCACUCUGCUUUGUAUUUAGUGUUUGUUCUGUCCCCGGUGUCUAGCAAAUAAAGAUUAUAGAGACCUUUGCAUACAAAGAA